AUGCCGCCAGGGACCACGCUGGCUGAAAUGCACGAUCUAUCGAUGUCAUUCCUGCCAGACACGCGAGUGUCGUAUUCGACCUUUAUCGGAUGCUAUCACCUGCGGUGGGCCAAGCGCCUAAAGAUCCGCAACGAAGGCCAGCACAGCAAGUGCUCCCUUUGCGAGCGAUUUAAGGCGUAUCGCAAGCAGUGCAGUGCGCCGGCUGACUCCAAAAAAGUUUCCGAGGAGUACGCAAGCCACUUGGAAGCUGUCAUGCAAGACAGGGCCGCGGACCAGCGCCUGUGCGCAGCCGCUCAGUUGGCUGCGGGGUCCUUGACAGGAGUUCCCAGCAGCGAAAAUUCGCUGCUAUCCAUCACAAUCGACGCGAUGGACGCAGCGAAAUUUCGCUGCCCGCGCAACAUAGGCGCCUCUAAAGAGUUUCAAAACCUUUGGCGACCCGAACUGAGUCUGAUCGGUGCAAUCACAGAAGGCCUGCGCGAGUGCUACUACUUGUGCGAUCCCGACCUGUCAAAGAACGCCGACCUUCACAUCACAAUCAUCGGCCAUUCUUUGCAGCUUGCGAAAGAGAGCUUUCAGGCGCGGGGAAAGCCAUUUCCCCGCCACCUGCGGCUCCACACCGACAACGCGGCGUCCGAAGGAAAAAAUCAGACAGUUUUUUUCCUCGCAGCUUGGCUGGUGAAGCGCAAAUUGUUCGACAGCGUGCUCCUAACUCAGUUUCGAGUCGGACACACGCACAGCAAAAUCGACCAACGAUUUUCUGAAUUGAGGUCGGCGCUGUCGCAGUCCACCGUGCUGGAGGACCCGUCAGCUUUUGCAGAGGCAAUCCGCUCCGGGGUGAAGCCCAGAGAGUCCCGCGAGCUCGCCGUCCACCACCUGCACGCAGCCCCAGACUUCAAAAGCUUCUUUCAACAUUUGGAGCUCAGAGUGUCCGGGCACGCGCAGACUAAAUUUCAAAAGCAGCGGAACGAGGAAGCGAUUCAUGCUUUUGGAUUCGCGCUCCGCGGUAGCACCAGUGGCGGGCCAACUCUGCCAUCAGCCGAUCCUGACGCAGAGGAUGUGAUACUGACUUGUCAGCAGUACCUGAGCAGCCACGAGCCUUGCCAAGAGCCCGCUGUGUUUGCUCGGGCCACCGACUUUGAAAAGCUGCCGCCUAAUGGCCCCUCGCAGCUGUCUGCACGGCUUUCGCUUUCGCAGCGCCAGCACCGGGAGUUCCAAAAAACUGCAGAGGCGAUUUCGCGGGAGCCCUGGUCAAUGCACGCAGGGUGCGCGUUUUUGCUGCAGUUUCUCGAAGAGAACGCGAACAACACCUCCGAGCAGUGGGUCCCUCUGCCCACGCAGUGGAUGUUGCAGGGGACUCGCGCGGAGGUUGACGCUACCCGCGACGAACCGGUAGGACGGGCGCUGGCAGAAAAUGCAUUUUCUUGGAACCACGCCAAGCCCGCGCCAGUCCAAGUUGCAAGGCCACCGCAAAAAUUGCGGCGCCUGCAAGUCAAGCAGCCAGCGCUGCUGCGACAACCGACAAUCGGAGACGAGAGCACUGCCGCGGCCAGAGGCGCUAGCAGUUCUGAGGCAGCAGCUGUUCCAGAGCAGGGCCAGACUCUGUCCCACCCAGAGGCUGAGCCAUCGACGCCAGAGCUGCCACCGCCCGCCGGUCCACUGGAUGGAGGACCACUCUUGCCAGCCGCUUCUCGCGUGUCAGAUCCAGGGGCAGAGCACGGCAGGGAUACCAUGGGUGCCCCGGCAGCCUUAUACGGCAGAGGCGGCGCUCCGCCGAGAGCUCGGAAGCGCCCGCUGCCCGGCCACCCCGCAGACACCUGGGGCGCCUGCCAAUGCCCGCUGGCGCUGCUGCGCUUCUCGGCUGCACCCGGUGUCGUUACAGCGCGUCUGGCUGCCAGCAGUGCCACGAAGUCGCAGCCGACGGAGGCGAAGCUGGAGUCACUGUCAGCUUCGCAGCACCGGUCGGCCAUCGAGAUCGAAGACGAGGACGCAGGGCAGCACAUCUUCAUGGAAUUCUUCUCGCCACCGCGGGUCGCCAUACCUUUGCGGCGCGAGGGAUUUCUAGCAGUCUACAGCUUUGACAUCGUCACGGGCUACGAUUUCCUACAGUUCGAAGAUCGCGCCCGGGCAUGGAGCUUACUUGAAGCACAUGACCCAAUGUUUGCAAUGCUGUCUUCCCCCUGCACGAUGUUCAGCACAAUGCAAAACGCCAAUCUCGCGAAAAUGAAUCCCGCAGACAGAGCGCGGCGAUUUGAGGAGGCAAACUGUCUACUUGACUACUCAAUGAUGGUGGCCAAGCGACAGUGCCGCAAGCGACAGCUUUUUGCCCAUGAGCACCCUCAGAGGGCCAGGUCUUGGAAGCGACCAAGUGUCCAGGCCGUAGCAAAAGAGCCCGGAGUUCACAAGGUUUCUUUUGACCAGUGCAGGGUGAACUUGCGCACCCCGGUCACCAAGAAGCUUCUCAAAAAACGGACGACGCUGCUGACAAACUCUGCAGCUCUCGUCAAUCUUUUCACCCCCCUUCAAUGCUGCUGCUCUGAGGCACACGCAGUCAUCGAAGGCUCCGAGGGCGGCAUCUCCCUCAGCAAGUGGUGCCAAGUCUACACGCCAGAGUUUGUCGAUUUGCUGCAGAAGGCCGUCAAAGCAGAGUGGGAAAGCCGCCGCUAG